AGGGGGUCACUUCUGUUUUUGAGGAGCUUUUGGAUGAGGGCUCUUGGCUCUGUGUCGGCGAGCUUGUGGCGUAGGGGCUUGGCCCUGUCCUCUGGGGGCACGAAGUGAGGCGCCUUGUCCCUGUCACCCCUUGGAGAGCCCAGGUGGGCAGCAAGAUUCAGACACGACAGCAGCCGAAUGGAGCACUACCGGAAGGCUGGCUCUGUGGAACUCCCAGCACCUUCCCCGAUGCCCCAGCUACCGCCUGAUACCCUGGAGAUGCGGGUCCGAGAUGGCAGCAAAAUCCGCAACCUGCUGGGCCUGGCGCUGGGGCGGUUGGAGGGCGGCAGUGCUCGGCAUGUGGUGUUCUCAGGUUCUGGCCGGGCUGCAGGCAAGGCUGUCAGCUGUGCUGAGAUUGUCAAACGGCGGGUACCAGGCCUGCACCAGCUUACCAAGCUGCGCUUCCUGCAGACCGAGGACAGCUGGGUGCCAACGUCACCCGACGCAGGCCUAGAUCCCCUCACGGUACGCCGCCAUGUGCCUGCGGUAUGGGUACUGCUCAGCCGAGAUCCACUGGACCCCAGUGAGUGUGGCUACCAGCCCCCAGGGGCACCCCCUGGCUUGGGCCCCACACCUACCUCCAGCUCUGGCCCCCGACCCCGAAGAAGGGCUCGAGACACCCGGUUUUGAAGACCUGCUGGCAAGCUGUUCUCCAGGCCUGAAUGUCUAGGAUGGCUGGGCCUUCUUUGAGAAGCCUCUGUAACUGCUCAACACCCCCAACAAGACUUGAGUCUACAGAAGUGGGCCUCCCUGUCCUGCUUCCACUUCCCUCUGGCUUGUGGAAAGGGACUGCUAUGAAGAGUGACAGGUGUGGAGUCUCUGCCGGGUUCUGGAUUGCCUUCUACCUACAGUGCCUCUGAUCUACCUUCUGACAGAGGUCCAAGGAGUGGGUUAGGAAAUAAAGUUCUGCCCAUUCGUCUGAUGAGCCUCUGCUUGGCCUGCUGUGUGGAGGUGGGAUUAAGGGAGUGGGAGUCCCUGCCCUUGACCCCCAGGAGCUCACAGGCUAGAGACAGGAAGGGUAGGCUCAGGUUGGUGCUGGGAGGAUCUAGAGUCGGUAAGAAGCCUCAAGCAGUAACCUGACUGUGUCUAGACCCCUGGGUGGCUGUCUGCUUCCUGCUUUGGGCUGGUUUAAGGACUCUGCCAGGUCAGACAUUUUUCUCCAUCUGCAGCAUAUACCUCGCUUUAUUGCACAUUGCAGAUGCUGCAUUUUUUACAAAGUGAAUGUUUGUGGCAAGCCUGCAUUGAACAAGUCUGUCAGUGCCAUUUUUCCAGCAGCGUUUGCUCAUUUCGUAUCUCUGUCACAUUUCGGUAAUUCUCACAAUAUUUCAAACUUUUUCAUUAUUAUAAUAUUUGUUAUAGUGACCUAUGAUCAGUGAUCUUUGAUGUUACUACUGUAAUGCACUGAAGGCUCAGGUGAUGGUUUGCAUUUUCUAGCAAUAAAAUAUUUCUA